AUGCCUAUACGUUUGCGAAGCACCGCUCAAAUAAGAACGAAGACGUUUAUCGCUGCGUGCAGUGUAGAAAGGAGAGUAGAAAUCGUGGUGGUCGGUGAUGAAUUCCUGACAGAUCCAUGUGGUCUCUUCCAUGACUGUCUCCCCGAGAGGUACUCGACAGAGAGAGGGACUAGAGCGUUUUUCGAGGAGCUUCAGAGCGUUAGGCAAGACUCGGCAUAUGCUACAAAAAAGCCUGUCCAGAUAUAUUUUGAUCUAAUAAGUAAAUCUCGAGAUGCAGAUGAUGAAGAUAUGGAGGACGCUAUCAGGGCAGCCAUCAGGAAAUCUGGCUAUCAGCUAUCAGGCGCGGAGACGGCAGAUAUCACAGAAUUUGAACAAAUGGCUCUUGAAAAUGGGCUUUAUGCAAUCGUCGCGGAUGGUGUGCACUCACUGCACCCGAAGAGCCUGGGAUACCAAGCACAACUGUAUUGUGUGCAUGGAGUUUGUAGCCGAGAAGUGGACCUUCCGCUGAUGUUCUGCAUCACGGAAAAGAAGACGCGUCGGGUUUAUAAGAAGAUUUUUGAGCACUUGAAAGCGAAUCUGCGAGGGGAAACCCCUCGACGCAUAGUGCUCGACUUCGAAAAGGCAGCUAUUCAUGCUGCCAAAAUGGUCUUCCCUACCGCGUCUGUGGAAUGCUGUGCAUUUCAUUUGGCCCAGGCCUGGAACCGAAAAAGGAACGCACUCACACUCAAGAAGUACAUCCAAGGCCCCGAAAGAGAUGCUCGCUUCGUAAAGUGGUGGGAAACGUUGAAAGGAAUCGUUUUUCUCCCACAAGGGCUACUGCGGGAUGUACGAGCCCUGCACAAUCCUCCAGUACCCAGCGACCACAGUGCCUAUGCAGACUGCCAGGAGUUCCUAGAUUAUUUGAGGACUAUCUGGAUUGACGGACCAUUUAAAGGACUGUGGUGCAAAUGGGGUCUUGAGGAGUUGAGAACUACCAACUUGGCUGAGGCCUUUCACAGGCGGGUCCAAGUGCUUGCAUCGGUCCACCACCCACCAUUGAGCAUCUUGAUCGAUAUUUUGAAGAAGCUCAAUUAUGAGGCUAAAGCUGCUCUCACGCGCCUCAAAGAGGUAAGCAUCCCGGGAGCGUAA